AUGAAGGGCGAAAGAGAAAUCAGCAAAGCUUCAUUUAAAUACAAAAUUUCUGUGGAUACACUAAGAUCUCAAAAAUCAUAUUAUUCACCCCCAUUUGCUACGUCGGAAAAUAUGUUUUGGCAACUAAAAUUUGAUUUGGAAUGCCAGGAAAAUUUAGGUUAUUGUUCUCUGUGGCUUGUAGCCUUGGCAAAUCCACAAGAGAAUGUUUCUACAGACAUUUGGUCGGAUAGGAGUGAAUAUUCCGCUACUUGUUUUAUGAAAAACCCAUAUAAGGAAAUGAACUUUGGGAAAUUAGAAAACUAUAAUAUUAGAUCUUGUCUCUAUGGAUUUGCAAAAUUUAUCGAAAGGAAUAAGCUUCCAAAAGAAGGCGAAGUGACAAUCGGUGUUCGAUUUAAUAAAAUAAUAUUUUCAUCGGAAAGAUCCACUCAAAUCUUUCCUUCACCUGAAUUUCCGCCUGAACUCAUUAAAGUAUGGAAGUCAGAAUGCAAUAAAAGCACAAUUUCAGACGUACAAUUUAAUUUUCCAAACCAUGAUAAUAAAUGUGUAUACGCUCGUAGUACCAUUCUUACCGAACGAUCUGAAUACUUUAAAGCAAUGUUACAGCGAGGGGUUUGGAAUGAAUCACAUAUAUCAGAGUCAGAUGAUGAUGCUAGAACAAAUGAUGUUAAGAUACCUAUAGAAAGGACGUCAGAAAAAAUCUCAGAACGGCGCGAGAAAUUGUCAACCUUUGGAAAAUUGUCAGAUGCUUACAAGUCGUUUAGAUCUAAACGGUAUAGAAAGAAAAAAGACUAUGCAGCGAAAAUGGACAUUUCGUCACAGGAGAUACCGACGUCAAUCAUUAGUACUUCUAUUAUGGAAGAAUCGCCAAUUACUUCUUUUGUACAAAUAACUAACCUUAACACUUCAUCAACUUCUUUACCGCAAGAAACAAAUAAUGUCACAACUAACAUGCCUUCAUCAAAUGAUGCAAUUGACGCACCUGCAACAGAUGAUAAAUUUAAUGCAUCGCAAAAAACAAAUAUCAUACCGUUGCCAACAUUGGAGCUACCACAAACCCCUUUAACACCUAUUUCUUCACAAUUUACUGCACCACAUUCAUCUACAACUACUCUUCCUUCUUUCCCACCCAUAGAAACAAAACCAUUUACUGACAAAAUAGUGAAAAAAUACAUAAUUACUAUACCAGAUGUUCACCCCGAAACUUACAAAUAUUUUCUUCGUUACCUCUAUACAAAUGAUAUUAAAUUUUAUUCAUCGCCGGCUUAUCAUCGUACACCUUGGGAUUUUUUUAAGAUAGCUGAUAAGUAUCUUGUAAAUGAAUUAAGAGAUUUGGCAAAAGCAAGGAUAUUAAGAGAAUUGACUCCAAAUAAUGCCAUAGACAUGUUUUUUGGAAUCGAUUUGUUAUGGGAAGAUAUGAAAGAGCUUUUACUUAACUAUUUGGUUAGAAAAUGGGAAUCUGUCAAA